UCUUUUUUACUAUCAAUAUUAUUUUAUAUCAAUAAUUUUGAAUUAUAAAUUUCAAAUUAAUAAAAAAUUAAUAAUAAUUAAUUUAUUGCUUACUACUUUAACUUUGUAGCAAUGUUCCAAGUGUUAUUUUGUUGUUUGUAAUUAGAUUUUUUUUAUAUUUUCAUUGUUAAUUUUCUGUUUAAGUUUUCAUUUUGCCAUUUAUGAAAGUAGAUUUGAAAAAAGUAAGCAAGAAAUAACAUGGCAGAAUUUGCACUAUUUCUUAUUGGAAACAAGAUGGAACUGAUAUUUAACUAUCAAAAGAAAAAAAACUCCAGCUAGUUGCUGUUGUUAUAUCAGGGAAGUUUAAAUUUUCUUAAUUGGAAUAUGAAAUUAAUGUAAAAAUGCUCACAUUAUAGCAAGUUUUGUAACCAGCAAAAUAACUACCACAAGUUUUAUGGCUUGCAAAUAGGUUUUUCAAGUUUUGUGGCUUGAAAAUAAUUACAACAAGUUUUUUGACUAGCAAAUAAGUACCACAAGUUUUGUUGCUUGCAUAUAAGGUACAGCAAGUUUUGUGGCUUGCAAAGAAGUACCACAACUUUUGUGGCUUGCAAAAAUAGUACAGCAAGUUUUGUAGCUUAAAAAUAGGUAUUGGAAGUUUUGUGGCUUGCAAAUAGGUUGGAGUGGUUGAUCUGUUCCUUUACAUGAUAAUGUAUACUCAGAUGCAUCUUGUAAUGUGCAAUUGCAAGUUUCCAAAUACAUGCAAAAUUGUUGGCGACAUGGCACAUGUAUUAAAGUCUUCUGUCACAGUUGACUCAGCAAGAAUGAAGACAUUGAUACACUUUUACGUUAUGGAAUACACAAGGUGGCAGUUCCUCGCCCACUGCUACCCAAAUACAGGUAUAAGAAAUCCUUAUCUGUACGUAACAGACGCUGGAGACGAAGUGAUUAUUAUGUGUGGCAAAAGAUUAUUUUAUGAAGUUUUUCAUUUUCUGACUUCGUGAUGGAACUUAUUGGAGUACACUUAAAAAAUAUUUUUUUAAAAAAAAUAUUAUUAAAACAAGAUAAUAGAAUCUUAUUU